AGAGCAUCAUCAGACUGCACCUUUUCCUCCUCAGGAGAACGGAGGAGAGAGCGACCCAGAGUCAGACAGAGGGAGAGAGAGAGAGAGAGAGAGGGAGAGAGAAAGAAGGGGGGAGAGCGGGAGGCAAUAACACCUUGUCAUCUUCAGUCCGAGAUCGUAAUAGUUGUGUUCCUGUCUGGUUGUUUCCCUUUUUCCUCUCUUCUCCUCCCGCGGAUUCAAAAAUCCACCUCAAAUGGGAAGGGAGAUCGAUGCGUCGCGCGCGGCACUGUUGCCACGGAACCACAGGAUGCGCGUGAGGUCGCUGGAGAGAGGGAUCAACCUGCUGGCACACCCUCACAUAUACACCCCUAUUUGCCCACACACGCUUUAAGUCUUGCCCCUCAAAGACAAGGAAGAGGAGAGGGAAAAAUACUGCUAUGACGGUGUCAUUUCUCACCAUUACCAGUGUGUGAGCUGCACACACAAGCACACUUGCACUCCGUGUGGUGUUGCCUGCAUGGGGGAUAAGACCCUAUCUAGGGCACAAAGAUGGAGUUUGCAUCCUGUUUGUCCCACAUCUAACACACAAACAUACUCACACACACACCUGGAAUCUCAUGACUGAAAUAAGGAAUGAAGAGGAGACGCUGAACAUCGAAAAGACAAGACAAACACCAGGCCAAGGCAUCAGAAGAUGUUCAAAGGGUGUUAACAGAACAGAGGGUACUGCCGUCUGACCCCUCCCUCUCUCUCUGGAGGUUCAUUGUAGCUGAGCUCUCUUUGGUUAAAAGCAUUACCAAGACAGCAGGGUGGACAGGUGACAGUGUUCUACGAAGUGCCCUGCAGUUGUCACCAUGAGCUGUAGGCUAGAGGGAACAUCCCAGCUCUAGCCUCUAUUUAAUUUUGUGUGUGUGGGCGUGUGAGAGCGGGUGUGUGCAUGAGUGUAAUGGCCGUUUGCGUUUGGGCAGCAGCCCCCCUGCUCUUUCUGGGGCUGUGCCUGUGCAGCGUAGGGGGCCAGGCUCAAGGGGAGGUCCUGGAGUUUGGGGGCGUAUCCAGCCAGUGGGGGCGGUUUCCGGUGUGGAACGCCUGUUGCGAGAGCGUGCUGAGUUUCAGCCUGCGGACUCAGAGCCAGGAGGGCCUGCUGCUCUACCUGGAUGACGAGGGCUUCUGCGACUUCCUGGAGUUGCUGCUUCUCCACGGGCACCUGCGCCUACGCUUCUCCAUCUUUUGUGCUGAGGCAGCUGAGCUGCAGUCAGGCGUGGCGGUGAGUGAUGGGCGGUGGCAUGCGGUGCGUGUCAAGCGGGACUGGAGGAACACCUCGUUGGAGGUGGAUGGGCGACUGGAGGGAUGGGCAGAAGUGAAGAGUCGGAGAAGAGACAUGACAGUAUUCAGUCACACAUACAUGGGCGGGUUGCCAGCAGAUCUCUACUUCUCGCCACGAAGCCUCACCUCAGUCUCAGUGCGGGAGCACCACCCUGCCUUUUGUGGCUGGAUCACAGCAGUGAGCAUCAAUGGCUUGCUGGUCGCGCUGAACAGCUCAGAGGGCGUCACGGUAACAACUGUCUGCGGGCCGGACCACCAGUGCCAGAACGGAGGGGUGUGCAGCGUGGUCAACGACCAGGCCAUCUGCGACUGCUCCGACACCGGCUACCAAGGCAAUGACUGCAGCGAAGAGCACAGCUACACUCCAGGUCUGGCAAACCUGAUGGCUGGCGACCAAGGAAAACCCAGAGCUCGUGAGGAGUAUGUUGCCACCUUUAAGGGCUCUGAGUACUUCUGCUACGACUUGUCGCCCAACCCCAUCCAGUCCAGCAGCGACGAAAUCACACUGUCCUUCAAGACGCUGCAGCGCAACGGCCUGAUGCUGCACACGGGCAAGUCAGCCGACUACGUGAACCUGGCACUAAAGAAUGGUGCCGUGUCCCUUGUCAUUAAUCUCGGCUCUGGGGCCUUCGAAGCCCUGGUGGAGCCCGUCAACGGCAAGUUCAACGACAACGCCUGGCACGACGUGAAAGUCACCCGCAACCUGAGACAGCACUCAGGCAUUGGACACGCUAUGGUGACGAUCUCCGUGGACGGGAUCCUGACCACGACGGGAUACACGCAGGAGGACUACACCAUGCUGGGCUCUGACGACUUCUUCUACGUGGGAGGAAGUCCCAGCACAGCGGACCUUCCUGGUUCUCCUGUCAGCAACAACUUCAUGGGUUGUCUCAAAGAGGUGGUAUACAAGAACAAUGAUGUGCGGUUGGAGCUUUCAAGUCUGGCCAAACAGGGCGACCCAAAGAUGAAGGUCAGUGGUGUGGUGUCCUUUAAGUGCGAGAGCGUGGCAACGCUGGAUCCAGUGACGUUUGACACCCCAGAGUCAUUCGUGGCUUUGAACAAGUGGAUGGCGAAGAAGGCGGGAUCCAUUUCGUUUGACUUCAGGACCACAGAGCCGAACGGGCUGAUGCUUUUCAGCCAUGGCAAAUCCAGACAACAGCAGCGCAAAGACCCCCGCACCCCUCCUACCGUCAAGGUGGAUUUUUUUGCCAUUGAAAUGCUGGAUGGUCACCUGUACCUGCUGCUGGACAUGGGAUCUGGGACCACAAAGACCAAGGCCAUCGACAAAAAGGUCAACGACGGGGAAUGGUAUCACGUUGACUUCCAGAGAGAUGGACGCUCAGGAACCAUCUCGGUGAACAGCGUGAGAACGGCGUACACGGCUCCGGGGGACAGUGAGAUCCUGGACCUGGAUGACACGCUGUACCUCGGAGGACUUCCUGAGGAUCGCGGCGGACUCAUUUUCCCCACAGAGGUGUGGACAGCCCUGCUGAACUACGGCUACGUAGGCUGCAUCAGAGACCUGUUUGUGGACGGGCAGAGUAAAGACAUCAGGCGGCUUGCUGAGGCCCAGCGGGCGGUCGGAGUGAAGCCUUCGUGCUCCAGAGAGCUGCCCAAACAAUGCUUGUCCAACCCCUGCCAGCACAACGGCAACUGCAGGGAGGGCUGGAACCGCUACGUCUGCGACUGCUCCGGUACUGGAUACCUGGGGCGCUCCUGUGAGCGAGAUGCGACCAUCCUCUCCUACGACGGCAGUAAGUUUAUGAAGGUACAGCUGCCUGUGGCGAUGCACACUGAGGCGGAGGACGUCUCGCUACGCUUUCGCUCCCAGCGGGCCUACGGCAUUCUCAUGGCAACCACAUCCCGGAACUCGGCAGACACCCUUCGUCUGGAGCUGGACGGCGGCCGAGUCCGACUCACUGUAAACCUAGACUGUAUCAGGAUAAACUGUACAGCCAGUAAAGGCCCAGAGACAAUCUUUGCUGGGUCGGGCCUCAAUGAUAAUGAAUGGCACACGGUGAGGGUAGUCCGACGCGGCAAGAGCCUCAAACUCACCGUGGACGACCUGCAGACUGUCGAAGGUCAAAUGGCGGGUGACCACACCCAGCUCGAGUUCCACAACGUGGAGACGGGCAUCGUGACGGAGAAGCGCUUCAUGCCCAUCGUGCCCUCAAACUUCAUCGGCCACCUGCAGGGCCUGACGCUGAACGGCAUGCCCUACAUCGACCUGUGCAAGAACGGCGACAUUGACUACUGUGAGCUCAACGCCGUCAUCGGCUACAAGAGCAUCGUGGCUGACCCCAUCACCUUCCGCUCCCGCUCCAGCUUCGUCACGCUGCCCACGCUGCAGGCCUACUACUCCAUGCACCUCUUCAUGCAGUUCAAGACAACGUCCCCAGAUGGCCUUAUUCUCUUCAACAGGGGAGACGGCAAUGACUUCAUAGUCAUUGAGUUGGUUAAAGGCUACCUUCAUUACAUCUCUGACCUGGGAAACGGAGCGCACUUGAUCAAGGGCAACUCCAACAGUCCGCUUAAUGACAACCACUGGCACAAUGUGCACAUUUCCCGGGACACGAACAAUCUGCACACAGUCAAGAUUGACACCAAAGUUACCACUCAGACCACAAUGGGAGCCAAGAACCUUGACCUAAAAGGUGAUCUGUACAUUGGUGGUGUUACUAAAGAGAUGUACCGUGAGCUGCCGAAGUUGGUUCACUCCCGGGAGGGAUUUCAAGGUUGCCUGGCAACACUAGAUCUAAAUGGCCGCCUUCCGGACCUCCUUGCUGAUGCCUUGACGACCGUGGGGCAAGUGGAGAGAGGUUGUGAAGGUCCCAGCACAACAUGUCAAGAAGACUCCUGCUCAAAUCAAGGAGUCUGUUUGCAGCAGUGGGAGGGCUUCACCUGUGACUGCAGCAUGACAUCAUACGCCGGGCCGCUCUGCAAUGAUGCUGGGACCACCUAUAUCUUUGGCCGGGACGGCGGCGUGGUGAUUUACACGUGGCCGCCUAAUGAGCGUCCCAGCACCAGGGCGGACCGGCUGGCUCUUGGCUUCAGCACCCAGCAGAAACACGCCGUUCUGCUCCGAGUGGACAGUGCAUCUGGCCUUGGAGACUACCUUCAGCUGCAGAUAGACAAGGGCAACAUUAGGGUGGUGUUCAAUGUCGGCACAGAUGACAUCAAUAUUGAGGAGAGCUCCAAGUUCGUCAAUGACGGGAAGUACCACGUAGUCCGGUUCACCAGAAGCGGUGGCAACGCGACGCUGCAGCUGGACGACCUGCCGGUCAUAGAGCGGUACCCCUCAGGCAACAAUGAUAACGAGCGCCUGGCCAUCGCCAGACAGCGAAUCCCCUAUCGGCUCGGUCGAGUAGUUGACGAUUGGCUACUCGACAAAGGUCGCCAGCUGACCAUCUUCAACAGCCAGACGACAGUUCGUGUCGGCGGAGGCGAGCAAGGUUCUGCCAUGUUCCAGGGCCAGCUGUCCGGCCUUUACUAUAACGGCCUCCGCAUCCUCAACAUGGCUGCCGAGGGCCACCCGCACAUCAGAGUGGAGGGCAGUGCGCGGCUGGUCGGCGACAUGCCAUCCUCCUCCAUCACACCCCAGUCCAGUGCCGCAGCCGGCGCCAACCGGUCAGACUCCGCCCCCUCGAUCAGUGACAUCACAACCACCACGGCGACGAAUAAGAAGCAAGUGGUGACACAGACGGUAGACGACCUGCUGGUCGCGUCCGCCGAGUGUCCGAGCGAUGAUGAAGACAUUGACCCCUGUGACAGCUCAGCCCGCCCUCCGCCGCCAGAUGUGAAGGUGUUUCCUGGUCCGUCCGAGGUGGUGCGGGAGAGCAGCAGCACCACCGGCAUGGUGGUGGGCAUCGUGGCGGCCGCCGCCCUCUGCAUCCUCAUCCUCCUCUACGCCAUGUACAAGUACCGCAACCGCGACGAAGGCUCCUAUCAUGUGGAUGAGAGCCGCAACUACAUCAGCAACUCGGCCACGCAGCCCAACGGCAGCGCCAAGGACAAACCGCUGGGCAUCGCUAAGAUCUCUAAGAACAAGAAGAACAAAGACAAGGAGUAUUAUGUCUGAGGCGGACACGCCUUUCCCCUCCCCCUGAAACAGACAAAUAUGCGUACACCUUUAUAUAUUACAAUAUGUGUAUAUAGAUAGAUAUAUUCUCCAAGAAAAAAAAAGAAACAGUCAUACACAGGGACAUAGACAUGAUGAUUUUAAUGUUUACUCUCCAAUAAUCACACCUGCACACAUUCUGUCAAGCACAAACACACACAAAAAAGUCCACACGCACACAUUUAAGCACAAACAUACACUCACAGACGGACCUGGGGGCCCGGGCCCUCACUGUACAGUAUUUACCAAUGAGCAGAGCCUCUGACAGAGGCUUGUUUUAUGAGCAUUAACACCAUUCCGAAUGAGUUAGAAAGCACCAGUUCAACCACCAUUUUGGCUCCAGCCUGGUCUGCCACAGUCUCUUCAGACUGCAAGGGGUGAAAACCAGACUUUAAGUGAAGCACACGGUGGGCCGAGCGAGAGGCAGUGCACCCGAACAAAGAAGAUGUAAAAGCACUAAGUGUCUCUUCCAAGCUUCUUGGCCUUCCUCCCUGUUAGCAGACAGGACUCGAUGAAGCACAGCGGAUGGUGAAGAAACAAGCACACCAGUGGCUCAAAGUUUAGCCUCGCAGCUACAGGACAGGAACUCACAGGAACUCAAUGUGUAGCCAUAGAGACAGUGAAUUACUACAAGAAAAACAGGCACAGGCAGGGCUGGGUGAGCUGCUGUUGUUAUGCUGCAGAGCUGAUGUUUUUUACAGCCUCCUGUAUAAAUCACAACGAAGGAAGCAGAGGAAACAAGGAGAUGUUUUCCUGCACAGGAUACUUGAGACUUUAGAUGCUACCUACAGACACCAGUGAGGCGUGGCCGCUGUGUCUCCCCUCGCGUACAUACGGCAUAACAUAAACUGACUCUGAAGACAACAAGACAGUGAAUCGAUCACUACGAUGAAGACGAAUAUCAAGGAACAUUUGGACAGUACAGACUUUGGGGAAGGGAGGUGUGGGGGGGAAUCUUAUUGCACGUGAAUUAUCUUACUCCGUGUGAUUUAUACUGCGUUGAAACUCCAGAUACACCACCAUCGUAAACUCCACCACCUCGGCUUCAAGUAUUCCCAGACAUUCACUUCAAAUAGUUUGGUUUUCAACAGUAAUUUAAGGCCCCGCCCACACUGACAGAGAUUUUAAUCACAAUUGAAAUGGUUCUUCUGUAAUUUGCAACUUCUUUGUUUUAAAACAAUAUUUUUUUAUCUGUUUUCUAAAGUGGAGAUUUGCUUACAUAUUAGAAAUUAAACAAAGCGCAAUAGAAGCCUGUUUUGCACAAGGAUGAAAAUUAGAGGAUUAAAAUUAAUUUAAUGUUUUUUUUCCAUUGACUGCCUCGCCUUGUCCUGAUGGCGUUUCCAACCAACUCUAAACGUCAGCUGAAUAACUGAAAAAUAGGUGUAUGGACAGAUUUUAAUGCUUCUGGCUUUAUUUCCCAGAAAGAAAGUCAGAAGAAACUUUUAGACAAUUUGCUAAACGUCUCCUUACAUCCAACUUUCUUGUUGUCUUUCCAUUCUAUCCUUCCUUUCUUCCAUAACUGUUCCUACUCUGUUUUUGUCCUUUAUCUUCUUUGUAUUCUUUGCAUUCUUCAUCUUUCCUUCCUUUUGUUGUAUUUGUUUCUUCUCCCUUCCCUUCCCUUUAUCGUCUUAUCAUGUUAAAAUGUCUUAUCACGAUAAAAAUUUUGAUUUUUCGUUGUGAGAAAUUCCAAUUCAGGCUGUAUUAAAAAAAACAAAACUGUCCAUAUUGUCAGGUUCUACUUUGUUCAAUGAGAAUAUCAAUAAAUAUGAAUAAAUAUGGAAAAUAUGAUUAAAUGCAGUUACUGUGAGCAGUUUAGUGAUACCAAUCACAUCUUUUUUGUGAUUGGUAUCACUAAAUGCUCACCGUUAAUGUUUAGCCUAACUUUGCUUUAGCCAUGCUCAUAAUCUUCUUUCCUUUUAUGUAAUUAAUGUUGACACUCAACACCUGCUGAUUCAAGAACGGUAUUACACCAACAUUUUUAAUUUGAAUUUCUCAAACCCUACAGAGGUUUACUUGGUAUAAACUGAUAAAAAGAAACAUUGUUUAUAAAAAAAAUCUCCAGAGCAGUGCAGCCGGGGCCUGAAUCUUUGAAUUAAAUCUCAAUUUGAAUCUUUUAUUGAUGAAGUGUGACCAUCUGGACUGUGCUGCAUGCCUGAAUCUCUGAGCUGUGCUGUGGAGUGGUGGUGUGUCCAAACCCUACAGAGGUUUACUUGGUUUAAACUGGUGGAGGAGGUUGCCAUGCAACACCUGGAUGUAUAUCUGCGUGUGUGUGAGUUGGAGUGUGUGUGUGUGUGCGUGUGUGUGUGUGGGCCAUGCCCUAUUUUCUAGUUUGAUGUCCUAUUGGCCACGCCCACUACACCUGCUCCAAUCGACCACCUUUCAAAGCGAAAACCAGCCGAGGAAAAGACCGACCAAGAGAACAAAGUAGAUGUUUCCACAUGUUGCUAAUAGAUAGACAAGUCCCGUUCUUGAUGCUAUCAGCUACACGACACCUUGAGUUUUCUCUCUUUCAAUUUACCUCCAUGCUCCGUCUGCCCUGACACAACCGUUCUGUUGGGCUUUCCUUACAAACUUUUGAAGUGUGUAAACCCUCUGCAGCUCCUGAUUUGACACAAGCAGUGCCAUGAUUCAAGCAAAGCCCCUUCCAGUUCUUCCGAAAACGUGACCCAACCAGGCGGAUGCAUGUAAUACGGACCAGGGGCUUGGAAGGACAUGAAACUGACUGAAGCGUGUGAGAUUUCAGUGUAUUGUCAAAAUUAACAGAACAUGUUUGCAUAUUUUAUUCAUCCUAAACUGGCCUUUUUGCCCUCUUUUCCCUGAUUUUCAUCCCCCUCUCUCUCUUCUCCUUUAUCCACGUCUAUGGCUUUCUUUCCCCUCUAUCUCCAUGUUGUGUUGCCAUUAGAAACAAAGGGAGGCGUCUCCACAGAUGGGAUCCCACAUUUAGGUGUUCAUUAACCAUGUUUAUUUUCUAUAUGUACAAUUUUUCUACAGUAUUUACUUUUAUUUUUAUUGUUACGGUUCUUUGAUGAACAUAAAGUGGAAAUUUAUUAUAAAAAAUAGUUUUGAAGAUUAAUGAGUAAAUAAAAUAUUACCCAAGUGAGUCUGGA